AUGUCAGUAUCAAUAGAGGGGCAGCACCAGCAUAUACUUUCUCCACCUCAAUCUACAACCACUUCACCAAAACUAGGGGACCUUCCUUCUCCACAUAGAACCAAUUCAGAUCAUGAUGUAAUUGAAAAUAAUAGAGUUCUAAUAUCAUCAUUCUUGUAUAAACGAUCAACUCAUAGAAAACAUUGGAAAAAGAAAUGGUUAGUAUUAAGAAAAUGUCAACUAAGUUAUUAUAAAGACUCUCGAGAGCAUAAACCGUUAAAAGUAUAUAAUGCUUCUAAAUUAUUAUCAUUUAAUAUUAUUCCUGAUCAUCACAAAAAUCAUCUUGCCAUUUACACUACAAAUAAGGUCUUACAUUUCAAAACAGAUGAUGAACGAUUAUUUAAUCAAUGGAGAGAAGCAUUACAUGAAUUUUUCCAUCUGAAGGAUAAUACGAAUGAUGCCGAUGAAGAAGACGACGAAGAUUUUGAAGAUUCAGAAGAUAUAUUUAGAAAUACAUCAACACAACAAGAUUUAGAAGAAGAUAACACUGAGAAUUCUCCAUAUGAAGGAUCACUAAGCUCAUCAAAUUUACAACCACCACCAACAUUACCAAUACAUUCAAUUCAAAAUAAACAAUCACAAGUUAAACGUACUGGAUCGUAUACUUCCGAUGAAAUAUCUGAUGAAUUUUAUAGUUCUGAUGGAUUUACUUCGGAUUCUCCAUUAACUCCAAAUGUCCAAUCAAGUGCCGUGUCAUCUCCUUUAUUCCACCCUUUGGAUGUUCCUAAAGAAGAAGAUGAAAGAGAUAAAUCACCAGUUAAAUCUUCACCUAGUAGAACUGAAUCUCGUGAAAGUCUGACUCACGAAAUACCAGAAUAUACUAUUGAAGAAGGUUCAUUAGAAGUGCUUCGAAAGAAGUAUAAUCAACAAUGGAAGAAAUAUCAUGCUAGAUUAACUAAUAGAACAUUAACAUUAGAAAUACCCCAUAGUAGUAGCAGCAGCAGUAUUAAGAUUAUUCCAAUUUAUGAUAUUGAAGAUGUAAUUGAAUUGGAUCCAAUAAGUUCCAAAAGAAAAUGGUGUCUAAUGAUAAUUACUCCUUUGAAAAGAUUACGAUUUAGUUGUAAUGAUGAAAAUGACAUGACUAAAUGGUUUUCUGCAUUAAAAGCAGCUAGUCAAACCAAUAAAAGGAAAGUAAGUAGAUAA